AGAUGGUAGUGUACCUAAAUCAGAUGACGCAUAUUUUGUGGUGAAGUGUGUCAAAAGUAAUUUCCUACCUUCAGUUUUUAUUACAGACAAAGAGAGUAGUAAUUUUUGUUUUACAACAACUUGUGAAAAUUUUUGUGCACUAUGUCUUCGAGAAAAAAGGUUCUUCUAAAGGUAAUAAUUCUAGGCGAUAGUGGGGUUGGCAAAACUUCACUUAUGAAUCAGUUUGUCAACAAGAAAUUUUCCAAUCAGUACAAGGCUACCAUAGGCGCAGAUUUUCUCACGAAGGAGGUAAUUGUUGAUGAUAGGAUUGUCACAAUGCAAAUUUGGGAUACAGCAGGUCAAGAGCGUUUUCAAUCAUUGGGGGUGGCCUUCUACCGUGGAGCGGAUUGCUGCGUAUUAGUGUUUGACGUAACGGCCCCUAACACGUUCAAGUCCUUGGAGAGCUGGCGAGAUGAGUUCUUGAUACAAGCAUCGCCUCGUGACCCUGACCAUUUCCCGUUUGUCAUCCUAGGUAAUAAAGUCGAUUUGGAUAAUCGUGCCGUUUCUGCCAAACGUGCUCAGCAGUGGUGUCAGAGUAAAAAUGAUAUACCCUAUUUUGAAACCAGUGCCAAAGAAGCAGUCAAUGUAGAAUUAGCAUUCCAAACCAUUGCUCGUAAUGCAUUGGCACAGGAAACAGAGGCAGAACUGUAUAAUGAGUUUCCAGACCAAAUUAAACUGAAUGCCAAUGAUAACAAUCGCAACAGGGAUGGAGACAACUGUGCUUGCUAGACAUUCAUAUGCAAACUCCAUAUUAUAGCAAUACAUUAAGUGUCCCAUUAUUUUAUAUAAAGUUGAUACAAUAAUUAUUUUUAUCAUAAGCUAUUAUAACUUCAGUACUUGUACCAUUAUGUAAAAAUGUACAGGAUUGAUAAAGACACUCUUAAUUAGCUAAUUAUGAUAUUCAAUAUACUGUUUAUAACCUACCUUGCACUUUAAACAUGUUUGGUUUGACUAUUUUUAAUUUAGAAAUUGCCUAAAAAAUAUCUUGUCUAUUAAUGUUAUAUUGCAUUUCAUUGAUAUCUUUAAACCCAGUGGAAAAGGAUAUAUUAUUCCUAAUUUUCUAUGCAAAAUGUUUAUUUGUUAUGUAAAAUAUUUGCAGCCUUAUAAUUUGUGGAAAUAUUAACACCUGUAUCUCAUCUCUUGUUCACUUACAUUUUUGUCCUCUAAACAUACAUACAAUGAAAAGAUCUGCUGAAGGCAAUAAUUUAAAUAAAGAUUAGUUAAAUUGAAACAAAA